AUGAAAAAUAAAAAAAUUAAAUGUUAUCAUACAAGUUAUAUUGAAUAUUUACUUGAUAAUCUUUUACAAUGUCUACAAACAUAUAGAUCAAUGAUACAAAUUGAUGAUGAUGAACAAUUAAAUUUAUUUUCUAUUGGAUUAAAACAACAUGAAUUAAUAAUAUUAGAAGAGUUUUAUUGUCAAAUAAUGAAAUUAUUACAAUUUAGUAGAUAUCCAAUAACAAUUGAAAAUGAAACAAAUGAUAAUAAAACAUUAUUUAAUAAAAAACUUAAAUAUCAUUAG